GGGUGCGAGGGGCGGGUGUUAGUAUAUAUUGCCUCUCGCUACAUAUUCCUUGCCUGUCCUCUGAACUUUGAGACAGCCACAAGCAUCACUCAGAGAGAUGCAACAGACUGGAAAUUAAACAAAGCAACUUUUUAGUAAAACAACUAGUAAACGUCGCUUUCCACAAACCGCCUACCAUGGACGAUCACCAUCUAUUCUGUGCAUCGUGUCGAAAAACGGGGAAAAGACAAACAACGAUGUGCUCACUGACACUCUUCAUUCUGUCAUUGUUCAUGUUCGCAUCCCCCGUAGCAACGUCGGAGACUCUUUGCGGUGGAGAACUAGUGGAUACUCUGCAGUUCGUGUGCGGAGAAAAUGGGUUUUAUAUCAGCAGGCCGAACAGAUCAAACAGCCGCCGUCCUCAGAGAGGAAUAGUAGAAGAAUGCUGCUUUCGGAGCUGUGAUCUGCGUCUGUUGGAGCAGUACUGCGCGAAACCUGUGAAGUCCGAGCGAGAUGUUUCCUCCACAUCGCUGCAGGUCUUCCCAGUGUCACAGGCUCUUCACAAGGACAUCUCAGGAGGGCCUCUUGGUGUGAAGUAUUCCAAAUAUGAAGUAUGGCAAAGAAAGCCUGUCCAGAGGUUAAGGAGAGGGAUUCCAUCCAUCCUGCUUGCCCGAAAGUUUAGGAGGCAGGUGGAGAAAAUCCAAGAUGAGGAGCAAGCCAGAUUCCACCGUCCCCUCAUGACCCUUCCCAACAGACACCCUGUCAUCCUUCCAUACAUCCAGAUCAAUACAUCUCACAAAUGAUGGCCAGCCUUCCUAAAUUGCAAAAAACAUGGGAUUAUAGCCAAGUCUUGGUCAGUAGAGGCACUUUUUUCAUGAAUCAUACCACUCGCCCACUGUCUUUGUCAAUUCCAGAUUAUGAACACUCUUGUGUGUUAUCAGCCUUCGAAAUGCAAGAAGUUAACGUUGAAAGUGAAUGUAAUGCGACAGGAGAGAUGAAUGCAGUCUUGGUGAAUAUCAUGGGGAUGCCCAGAACUGAUGCUGAGGAAGUUGCAAGAACGCAAAUGUCAAAAGUCUGCCGUCUGCAAAAGCAUUUAUGGUUCUGUCUUGCUUUGCACCAUAUUUUGAAUGUCAUAUUUUAAGGAAUGAAAUUAUCGAGAUUAGAGUCCUUUACCUGCACCUUUAAUGUGCCACAACUGUGGCAUAUAGACAGAAGAAAAGUAAUGAAAAUGUUGGCUGGCUGUGUGAAGCCAAGGACUGAUGUUAACAGCACUAUUUUUUUUUAUGGACUGCUAAAUAUGAGAACAUUAUGGUGCUAACUUUGCAAAAGGACUCAAAAGGACUUUGCUAAGGAGUUUUUCCGUUUUAGGAAAAAAAAACAAGAUUGUAUUCAAAAGACAAUUCAGUAACUCUGGUUGUUUGGAGAUGAUCCCAACCAGAUAAAACUGUUUUUUCCAUGCUUGGCUGUUCAAGAUCCAUAUUCUGUGCCCUGGAGAAUGAAGGUGAAGUCUUCGCUAUUAAAAACGAUAUAGCUUUGCAUUGGAAGGCAGGAAACAUCACAAAUUAUUGAAGCUGAGGACAUCUGCAAUCAAAUUCUCUUGGACUUUGGGCAAGAGCAGUCUUGCAUGUUUUGAGGUGUAACAUAUUUUACCACAACAUUCCUGAAUCCAGUCUGAGUUUCUGCCAUUUUACCUUUGCGAAUUGUCUUCACUGUUAUUUAGACAGUAUUUUACACAUAUAAACAAAAAAUGGAACAAUCUUUUAAAAAGGAAAUUCAGCAAUAACCUCUUGCAUAUUUUCAACGUACAUUUGUAGUAUUCCAGUGCUUUUGCUCAAAAAAAAAAAAAAAAAAUACUUGAAUAUGUAUGAAUAGUCUCAUAAGAUGUUGGCAUUGACCCUAGUAUGACCAGUCUUGCAAAUUGAGCCACCAAACAUUUUCUUUAAGUAAUGGCACUGUAUCAAGGCAUUAUUUAUUUUGAUAUGAAACCCAUAAAAAUCAGUCCCAAUGAGCGAUUAUGUGCACAACCAGCCGUUUUUGUAUAUUAUCUUUUUUUAGUUGUUCUGCUUAUGUAUGUAGAUGCUAUGUACCAAAAAAUGUCUCUUUUUUAAGUAAAGUCAAUGGAAGCUUCUAAA